GCUAUAAUCCUCAGCGGCAGCAGGAAGCAGAUCAUCACCCGUACUGGCAUCAGCAAAGGGGUCGAAAGAGUGGAGGUUCUGGAUAGUGGACAUACCAUAUGAUUCCUUUUCCUUGGUGGAAACGACCUGCACCUGCCUGAACAUUUGUUUGGCCUUUGUGUCUUGCCAUUCCUCUGAAGAACAGAAGACACCUGUAAAACUAUACCCUUUGCCCUGCAUUCUACGAGGCAGUUGAACGCUAUUUGUCAUCUCUGCCUCUCUUUGAUUACAGCAAAAUGGAUAUACCAAACCCCCCAACUUCCAAAUGUAUCACUUACUGGAAGAGGAAAGUUAAAUCUGAAUACAUGCGACUUCGGCAACUUAAACGGCUUCAGGCGAAUAUGGGUGCAAAGGCUCUGUAUGUAGCAAAUUUUGCAAAAGUUCAAGAAAAAACCCAGAUCCUCAAUGAAGAAUGGAAGAAGCUUCGUGUCCAACCUGUUCAGUUGAUGAAGCCUGUGAGUGGGCAUCCUUUUCUCAAAAAGUGUACCAUAGAGAGCAUUUUCCCGGGAUUUGCAAGCCAGCAUAUGUUAAUGAGGUCUCUGAACACAGUUGCGUUGGUUCCCAUCAUGUAUUCCUGGUCCCCUCUCCAGCAGAACUUUAUGGUAGAAGAUGAGACAGUUUUGUGCAAUAUUCCCUACAUGGGAGAUGAGGUGAAAGAAGAAGAUGAGACUUUCAUUGAGGAGCUGAUCAAUAACUACGAUGGCAAAGUGCACGGUGAAGAAGAGAUGAUUCCCGGGUCUGUCCUGAUUAGUGAUGCUGUUUUCUUGGAGUUGGUAGAUGCUCUGAAUCAAUACUCCGAUGAGGAGGAAGAAGGGCACAACGACACCUCAGAUGGAAAGCAAGAUGACAGCAAAGAGGAUCUGCCAGUAACAAGAAAGAGAAAACGACAUGCUAUUGAAGGCAACAAAAAGAGUUCCAAGAAACAGUUCCCAAAUGACAUGAUCUUCAGUGCGAUUGCCUCAAUGUUCCCUGAAAAUGGUGUCCCAGAUGACAUGAAGGAGAGGUAUCGAGAGCUCACAGAGAUGUCAGACCCCAAUGCACUGCCCCCUCAGUGCACACCCAACAUCGAUGGCCCCAAUGCUAAGUCCGUGCAGCGGGAGCAGUCCCUGCACUCCUUCCACACGCUCUUCUGCCGGCGCUGCUUUAAAUACGACUGCUUCCUUCACCCUUUUCAUGCCACCCCUAAUGUAUAUAAACGCAAGAACAAAGAAAUCAAGAUUGAGCCAGAACCAUGUGGCACAGACUGCUUCCUUUUGCUGGAAGGAGCAAAGGAGUAUGCCAUGCUCCACAACCCUCGCUCCAAGUGCUCCGGGCGUCGCCGGCGAAGGCACCACGUGGUCAGUGCUUCCUGUUCCAACACUUCAGCCUCUGCUGUGGCUGAGACCAAAGAAGGGGACAGUGACAGGGACACUGGCAAUGACUGGGCCUCCAGUUCUUCAGAGGCUAACUCUCGCUGUCAGACCCCCACGAAACAGAAGGCUAGUCCGGCCCCACCUCAGCUCUGUGUAGUGGAAGCGCCCUCGGAGCCUGUGGAGUGGACCGGGGCUGAAGAAUCUCUUUUUCGAGUCUUUCACGGCACCUACUUCAACAACUUCUGUUCAAUAGCCAGGCUUCUGGGGACUAAGACGUGCAAACAGGUCUUCCAGUUCGCAGUCAAAGAAUCACUUAUCCUGAAGCUGCCAACAGAUGAGCUCAUGAACCCCUCACAGAAGAAGAAGAGAAAGCACAGGCUGUGGGCUGCUCACUGUAGGAAAAUUCAGCUGAAGAAAGAUAACUCCUCCACCCAAGUGUACAACUACCAGCCCUGUGACCACCCAGACCGGCCCUGUGACAGCACCUGCCCCUGCAUCAUGACUCAGAAUUUCUGUGAGAAGUUCUGCCAGUGCAACCCUGACUGUCAGAAUCGCUUUCCCGGCUGUCGCUGCAAGACCCAGUGCAACACCAAGCAGUGCCCGUGCUACCUGGCGGUGCGAGAGUGCGACCCCGACCUGUGUCUCACCUGUGGGGCCUCGGAGCACUGGGACUGCAAGGUGGUCUCCUGUAAGAACUGCAGCAUCCAGCGUGGCCUCAAGAAGCACCUGCUGCUGGCCCCCUCAGAUGUGGCCGGAUGGGGUACCUUCAUUAAGGAGUCUGUGCAGAAGAACGAAUUCAUUUCUGAAUACUGUGGUGAGCUCAUCUCUCAGGAUGAGGCUGAUCGACGAGGGAAGGUCUAUGACAAGUACAUGUCCAGCUUCCUCUUCAACCUCAACAACGAUUUUGUAGUGGACGCUACCCGGAAAGGAAACAAAAUUCGAUUUGCAAACCAUUCAGUGAACCCCAACUGUUAUGCCAAAGUGGUCAUGGUGAAUGGGGAUCAUCGGAUUGGGAUCUUCGCCAAGAGGGCGAUUCAGGCUGGUGAAGAGCUCUUCUUCGAUUACAGGUACAGCCAAGCUGAUGCCCUCAAGUACGUGGGGAUCGAGAGGGAGACCGAUGUCCUUUAGGCCUCCUGGGCCCCUCGCCAGCACUUAUGGUAGCGGCACUGUCCUGCUUUCAUGCACACACCACUGCUGCCCCAGUUUCCUGCACUAUGUGUCUCCCACACCGAGAAACCCCUACCCGCUCCCUCUGUAGUGAGGCCUCAGCUGUGUCCAGUGGGGACAAAACUGUCUCAGUGAGAGGGGAGACAGAGGCAGCUAGGGCUUGAGCUCCCAGGAGAGAGUUGCACAAGUGGGAGACCGAUCUCAGGCCUCGGAGGAAGAGAGCAAAGGCUGGGGGCGGGUGACUUACGCUUGAGUUCUCAUCAGCUACCCAGGCUGUGGGCCUCGGGAGUUAACUUGGACGGUUCCUAACAAGCAUUACCCUAACUUUCCAAAUCAAGGGUCCUUCUGUAGUUGGGUUGCCAGCAUAUCUCUCUGUGGUCCUAAGACCUGGAGAGGACAGGCUAAGUGAAGUUUGGUACCUGGAGCUUAUGAGUGGUCAGGGUUAAAGGCGAGCCUGGCGGGCAGCACAGACCGAACUCAGAGGGGAGAUGGGUCAUCUUACUACCUCUUUCCUCCUGACAGGCUUCAAACUGAAAGAGUGUGGGUUCUAAGUAAAGAUAUUCAAUGCUGGGAGAAGGAAAGCUGAGUGCCAUCCUUCCACAGGCAGAGAGUGAGAACCAGCCUGACGACAGUAAUUAAACUGCUAAGCUUGGGGCCCAGCAGGCUUUGAGAAACCUUCUCUGUGUACUCUGGAGAUGGAUAGACACGUUUUCAGAUUCCCGGGAGCAGGUACCAGUGCCCUGUCAGCCCCUUCCAAGGUUCUGGCUUAGCGACUGCAGGCAGGCAUUACGCCACCACUGAAGAACUGGGGGGGGCGGGGGUCUGCAGCCUGGGUGUGAUGCUCUGGUUUCCUGCAGAUGUAGUUGUCUUCAGGCCUUUCAUUCCCCUUAGAGGCUGGGAGCCACUCUUGCUCCUCUCUUCCGGGUACAGGGGUGCAGGCCUGGACUAGAGAGGGGGGAGGUUAGUGGUUGAUUACUUUCCUGUCUGUAGCCCCUGCUGUUGGAAAGGAUGAGUUGACAGUAUGUGUUUGGAGGUGGGCAAGGAGCUCCCAAAUUGCACGUGUUUGGGAUGGCAUCCCGCAUGCGGUGCAGACUGGCAGAGGGUAUCUGAAGUGUCGAGAAGCAGGCCGGCCACCUGUGCCAGUUCAUGAUGCCGUUCUUUCUGGGAUUCAUGCAAAGCACUUUAUUUCCUUUAGAAGGUCUAUAGAUUGAGGUGGAGUUUGAGCUGAGGUCUCUGGGGUCCCUGCCCAAAUCUCGUUCCUGAGGGAGGAGGGGGAAGGAGACAGUGGAAGACUCUCCUUCAGUUCUGUCUUAUGUCAUGGUGGAGGCAGGAGGAGCUGCCUUGAAACAGAAGAACUGAGUGAGAAUGGUGCCAGCUCUGAGAGCCGCCCCUGUGUCAACAGCUGGUGCUGAGCUGCAGGGAACAAGGAGCAUUGUGCUGGGGAAAAAGACAUGGGCAGGUACAGACUGGCCUAGGGAGUGUUAGGUACGGGAGCGGGCUUCUCCCUUCUCUCUGGGGAAUUAGAGCCUCUCUUCCCCAGUCUGUGUUGACCACCCCCUUCCUCUAACCCCACUGGCUGUCCCAUGAAGCAAGGAGUAGGGUUCCCUCUGGCCAAACUGUCACCUAGGGAUUUUUGUGGAACGUGCAUGCAUGCACGUACGUGCACACACACACACACACACACACACACACACACACACACACACACUCACAUCCUCUCACUCACCACACUUGUGGGCACACAUGCAGCCAGCACUGAGCACACGCCUAGCAGUUCCUGACAGAAGCCUCUUUCCACCAGACUGGGCCAGCCCCCACUAUGAUUCUGAAAUCUACACCUGCUGUGGUCUGUAUGCAUUGUGUAUAGGGGACACCCUCUAGCUGGACUGUGGGCUCCAAAUUACUCAUAAAUUAUAGGGAAAAACCAGAGACAGAUGAAGGAGGAAGAGUUAGGGCUGUCUGAAAUGCCGGGGGCUGGCUAUAAGGAGAAGAUGGGGGAAAAAUUACAUCCAGCCUUUGAGAGGCUAGGCUGACCCCACCCUUCCCUCCGUGUACAGAAUCACUGUGGUUGAUCCCCUCCCCCAGUGUCAGACCACUACUACUGCUGUUCCUCCAGCAUUCCCGUCCUUAUCCCCUGCUGUCCCCCACCUUUGAAUGACGGGUCUUAACCCCUCCCCCUCAGACAUGUAAUGAUGGAUGGAGCAAGGUGGUGGGGACCGGCGGGGGGAGGCUGGUAUAUGUGCGGCUCUAUUGCCAGUGAAUUUCACGCACUUUAAAGUCCUGUGGCUUGUGACCUCUUAUCUGAAUAAAGUGGUAGAAUCCA